GUGUACAAAUGUAAAACACGACAUAAUUACAGUUUCGUUUGUUUUGUACUUUUGUAGUGAGUGAAGUCCCAUUAUUCAUCGUCGUCUCCUUCCUCCGAAGCUCUCAAUCGAUCCCAAUCCCAAUCCCAAUCCAAGUAACAGUUGAUUCAAUUUCAAUCCAAUGACGAUCGACCAUGCUGAACUCUCCACUGAACAGGUUUUGAAAAGGGAUAUCCCAUGGGAGACCUACAUGACCACCAAGCUCAUUACUGGAACUUGUCUUCAACUCUUGAGGCGUUAUGAUAACAGAUCAGAGAGUUACAGAGCCCAAUUGCUUGAUGAUGAUGGACCGGCUUAUGUUCGGGUGUUUGUUAGCAUUUUGAGGGACAUUCAUAAAGAAGAAACUGUUGAAUAUGUACUGGCAUUGAUUGAUGAAAUGCUUGCAGCAAACCCGAAAAGAGCUAGAUUAUUCCAUGACAAUUCACUGUCUGGUGAGGAUACUUACAAUCCUUUCUUAAGAUUGCUUUGUGAUGGUAAUUGGUUUGCACAAGAGAAAAGCUGUAAGAUACUUGCUUCUAUAGUGAGUGCAAGGCCAAAAUCCCAUGAUGGAGUUAUGGCAAAUGGGGGAGCCUCAAAUUCGAAGAGAACAUCAGCUACUAUUGAUGAUGUGCUGAAAGGCUUGGUGGACUGGCUAUGUGUACAGCUGAAGAGGCCUUCCCAUCCUAGCCGUGGCAUCCCAACUGCUAUUAACUGCCUUUCAACCCUACUCAAGGAACCUGUGGUUAGAUCGUCCUUUGUCCAAGCUGACGGAGUCAAGUUGCUUGUGCCCUUGAUUACCCCAGCAUCCACUCAGCAGUCUAUUCAGCUUCUUUACGAAACAUGCCUUUGUGUGUGGCUUUUAUCCUACUAUGAACCUGCCAUUGAGUACUUGGCUACUUCUAGAACUCUUCCACGACUCAUAGAUGUGGUAAAGAGCUCUACAAAGGAAAAGGUUGUUAGGGUUGUUGUCUUGACCUUCAAGAACUUGCUCUCCAAAGGGACUUUUGGUGCACAAAUGGUUGAUCUUGGCCUACCGCAAAUUGUUCUGAGUUUGAAAGCGCAAGCAUGGAGUGACGAGGACUUAUUGGAGGCCUUGAAUCAACUAGAUGUGGGUCUGAAGGAUAAGAUAAAAACAUUGAGCUCUUUCGAUAAAUAUAAGCAAGAAGUCCUCCUUGGCCAUCUCGACUGGUCUCCUAUGCACAAAGAUGUUGUAUUCUGGCGAGAAAAUAUUUCAAAUUUUGAAGAGAAUGAUUUUCAGAUUCUGAGGGUGUUGAUGACUAUAUUGGACACAUCAAGUGACCCGAGAGCUCUAGCUGUUGCUUGCUUUGAUCUGUCACAGUUCAUCCAACACCAUGCCGCUGGCCGAAUCAUAGUGACAGACCUGAAGGCGAAGGAACGAGUAAUGAAACUGAUGAAUCACGAGAAUGCAGAGGUUACCAAAAACGCAUUACUAUGCAUUCAGAGGCUUUUCUUGGGUGCCAAGUACGCCAGUUUCUUACAGGUUUGAGACUAUUUUUAAUGGCGAAAUGGUGGUGAAUGAAUGAGAAGGAAACUCUGCUCUUCUGUUAGAUGACUGAAUCUUAAGGGGUCUGGCCUAUAUAUCUUAUAUAUAUAUACAUUAUAUUAUAUUUAUUGAAGAAAGAGUUGAGAUUAUCCAAAGGGGAAAGGAGAGGAGAGAACCUCUUGUGUUUUGUUUUGUGGAGUAGAGAGACCAGUUCUUCUUCCUAGUUGUGAAGUAUUUCAUUUGUUCUUUUCUAUUUUUUAAGCUUUGGAAGGAAAUAUUGAAAUUUGAUGGGAUUUGUAGCUAUGGAAAUAAAAAUAAAUCUCCCGGGAGUAACUAUUUGUUUGAUUUGA